UAGUUUAGACCGACACAUGGCUAAACAUACAGGUGAGAAACCCUAUAAGUGUGACCAAUGCGAAUAUUCUGCUGCACAGAAGAAGAAUUUAGACCGACACAUGGCCAAACACACUGGAGAAAAACCCUUCAUGUGUGGGGAGUGCGGAUACAAGACGGUUGAAAGGUCUGACCUUUCUAGACAUAUGAGAACACAUACAGGUGAGAAACCGUACAAAUGUGACCAAUGUGAAUUUUCGACUUCAAGCAAAUGCUCUUUUAACCAACACUUGCUACGACACCGAGGUGAGAAACCCUACACGUGCUCAGAAUGUGAAUUCAGGACGCUUCACAAGCCCUGUCUAACCGUUCAUAUGCGAAUUCACAGCGGUGAGAAACCCUACAAAUGUGACCACAGUGAGUGCGACUAUGUUACUUCAUCAAAAUUUAACUUAGAUCGACAUGUGCUCAAACACACCGGUAACAGACCCUACAUGUGUGGGGAGUGUGGCUACAGGGCGGCUCAAAAAGUUUCACUUUCUCGGCAUAUGAGGACACACACGGGUGAAAAACCCUACAAGUGUCACCUAUGCGAAUAUUCCGCAGCAGAGAAGGGCAAUUUAAAAAACCACUUAGCACAGCACACUGGAGACAAGCCCUACAUGUGCGGUCAAUGUGACUAUUCGACAACUUACCUUGGUAGCCUACGUACUCACAUGAGAAAACAUACAGGUGAGAAACCCUACAAAUGUGACCAGUGCGACUUCUCCUGUUCGACAUCAGGCAGUUUAAAGCGGCACCAGCUCACACAUACCGGUGAGAAACCCUUCGUGUGUGAGGCAUGUGACUAUAGUACGUCUGACAAGUUUACACUUUCCUUACAUAUGAAAAGACACACUGGUGAUGAACCCUACGGUUGUGAGGACUGCGGGUACAAGACAACUAACAGGAAUUCUUUAACUAGGCAUAUUAUGACACAUACUGGAGAGAGACCCUACAAGUGUGAACAGUGUUGCUAUUCCGCCACAACCAAAGGAAGUCUACACAAACACAUUGCGGUUUCGGGACACUCAGCUGACAGCAUAUAAAAUACAUAGUAUCAUAGCUAUUCCUUAGCAUGAAAACCCUACACGUUUUUGGCUUAUGAAAACGACACAUCUGACUUGUCCUAACAUCAUGGGACACAUCCAGGCAAGAGACCACGU